AUGUUUGCAGUCCGUUCUGUAAUCCAUUUGGGUCUGACAUCCUUUGCUGAUUCCUGUCUUUCAGAGCCUCCCACACCCAUCGCCCCUCCAGAGCUGCUGGCCGUGGGGGCCACCUACCUGUGGAUUAAGCCAAACGCCAACUCCAUCAUUGGAGAUGGCCCCAUCAUCCUGAAGGAGGUGGAGUACCGCACCACCACAGGCACCUGGGCGGAGACCCACAUCGUUGACUCUCCCAACUACAAACUGUGGCAUCUGGACCCCGAUGUGGAGUAUGAGAUCCGAGUGCUGCUCACGCGACCAGGAGAAGGGGGCACGGGCCCACCAGGGCCUCCCCUCACCACCAGAACCAAGUGUGCAGACCCGGUGCACGGCCCCCAGAACGUGGAGAUCGUGGACAUCCGCGCCCGGCAGCUGACGCUGCAGUGGGAGCCCUUCGGCUACGCGGUCACCCGCUGCCACAGCUACAACCUCACGGUGCAGUACCAGUACGUGUUCAACCAGCAGCAGUACGAGGCCGAGGAGCUCAUCCAGACCUCGUCCCACUACACCCUGCGGGGCCUGCGUCCCUUCAUGGCCAUCCGGCUGCGGCUGCUGCUGUCCAACCCCGAAGGCCGCAUGGAGAGCGAGGAGCUGGUGGUGCAGACGGAGGAGGACGUUCCAGGAGCUGUUCCUCUAGAAUCCAUUCAAGGGGGGCCCUUUGAGGAGAAGAUCUACAUCCAGUGGAAACCUCCCAAUGAGACCAAUGGGGUCAUCACACUCUAUGAGAUCAACUACAAGGCCGUGGGCUCAUUGGACCCAAGUGCUGACCUCUCCAGCCAGAGGGGCAAAGUGUUCAAGCUUCGGAAUGAAACCCACCACCUCUUUGUGGGUCUGUACCCUGGAACCACCUACUCCUUCACCAUCAAGGCCAGCACUGCAAAGGGCUUUGGGCCGCCCGUCACCACCAGGAUCGCCACCAAAAUUUCAGCUCCGUCGAUGCCUGAAUAUGACACAGACACCCCACUGAAUGAAACAGACACGACCAUCACGGUGAUGCUGAAGCCCGCUCAGUCCCGGGGAGCGCCUGUCAGUGUUUAUCAGCUGGUUGUCAAGGAGGAGCGGCUUCAGAAGUCACGGAGGGCAGCUGACAUCAUCGAGUGCUUUUCAGUGCCGGUGAGCUAUAGGAACGCCUCCAGCCUUGAUUCUCUACACUACUUUGCUGCCGAACUGAAGCCUGCCAACCUGCCUGUCACCCAGCCAUUUACAGUGGGUGACAACAAGACAUACAAUGGCUACUGGAACCCUCCUCUCUCCCCUCUGAAAAGCUACAGCAUCUACUUCCAGGCCCUCAGCAAAGCAAACGGAGAGACCAAAAUCAAUUGCGUCCGCCUGGCUACAAAAGCACCAAUGGGCAGCGCCCAGGUGACCCUGGGGACUCCACUCUGCCUCCUCACCACAGGUGCGUCCACUCAGAACUCCAACACAGUGGAGCCGGAGAAGCAGGUGGACAGCACCGUGAAGAUGGCCGGUGUCAUCGCUGGCCUCCUCAUGUUCACCAUCAUCCUCCUGGGCGUGAUGCUCACCAUCAAGAGGAGAAGAAAUGCUUAUUCCUACUCCUAUUACUUGAAGCUGGCCAAGAAGCAGAAGGAGACCCAGAGUGGAGCACAGAGGGAAAUGGGGCCCGUGGCCUCAGCCGACAAACCCACUGCCAAGCUCAGCUCCAGCCGCAAUGAUGAAGGCUUCUCCUCUAGCUCACAGGAUGUGAACGGAUUCGCAGAUGGCAGCCGCGGGGAGCUGGCGCAGCCCACCCUCACGAUCCAGACUCACCCCUACCGAGCCUGCGACCCCGUGGAGAUGAGCUAUCCCCGGGACCAGUUCCAGCCCGCCAUCCGGGUGGCUGACCUGCUCCAGCACAUCACCCAGAUGAAGAGGGGCCAGGGCUACGGGUUCAAGGAGGAGUAUGAGGCCUUACCAGAGGGACAGACAGCUUCGUGGGACACAGCCAAAGAGGAUGAAAACCGCAACAAGAAUCGAUACGGCAACAUCAUAUCCUAUGACCAUUCUCGAGUGAGACUGCUGGUGCUGGAUGGAGACCCGCACUCCGACUACAUCAACGCCAACUACAUCGAUGGGUACCAUCGACCUCGGCACUACAUUGCAACUCAAGGUCCCAUGCAGGAGACCGUGAAGGACUUCUGGAGGAUGAUCUGGCAGGAGAACUCAGCCAGCAUCGUCAUGGUCACAAACCUCGUGGAAGUGGGCAGGGUGAAGUGUGUGCGCUACUGGCCCGAUGACACAGAGGUCUACGGAGACAUCAAGGUCACCCUGAUCGAAACAGAGCCCCUGGCGGAGUACGUCAUCCGCACCUUCACCGUCCAGAAGAAAGGCUACCACGAGAUCCGGGAGCUGCGGCUCUUCCACUUCACCAGCUGGCCCGACCACGGCGUCCCCUGCUACGCCACCGGCCUCCUGGGCUUUGUCCGCCAGGUCAAGUUCCUCAACCCCCCGGAAGCCGGGCCCAUAGUGGUCCACUGCAGUGCUGGAGCCGGGAGGACAGGCUGCUUCAUCGCCAUCGACACCAUGCUCGACAUGGCUGAGAACGAAGGGGUGGUGGACAUCUUCAACUGCGUGCGCGAGCUCCGGGCCCAGAGGGUCAACCUGGUGCAGACAGAGGAACAGUACGUGUUCGUGCACGACGCCAUCCUGGAAGCAUGUCUCUGCGGCAACACGGCCAUCCCGGUGUGCGAGUUCCGCUCCCUCUAUUACAACAUCAGCAGGCUGGACCCCCAGACCAACUCCAGCCAGAUCAAAGACGAAUUUCAGACCCUCAACAUCGUGACUCCUCGCGUCCGGCCCGAGGACUGCAGCAUCGGACUGCUGCCCCGUAACCAUGAUAAGAAUCGGAGCAUGGACGUCCUGCCGCUGGACCGCUGCCUGCCCUUCCUCAUCUCGGUGGAUGGAGAAUCCAGCAACUACAUCAACGCAGCACUGAUGGACAGCCACAAGCAGCCUGCUGCCUUCGUGGUCACGCAACACCCUCUCCCCAACACCGUGGCGGACUUCUGGAGGCUGGUGUUUGAUUAUAACUGCUCCUCCGUGGUGAUGCUGAAUGAGCUGGACGCUGCCCAGCUCUGCAUGCAGUACUGGCCUGAGAAGACGUCGGGGUGCUAUGGGCCCAUCCAGGUGGAGUUCGUCUCGGCAGACAUUGAUGAGGACAUCAUCCACAGGAUAUUCCGCAUCUGUAACAUGGCACGGCCCCAGGACGGGUACCGUAUAGUCCAGCACCUCCAGUACAUCGGCUGGCCUGCCUACCGGGACACACCCCCCUCCAAGCGCUCUCUGCUCAAGGUGGUCCGGCGGCUGGAGAAGUGGCAGGAGCAGUACGACGGGCGGGAGGGACGCACUGUGGUCCACUGCCUGAAUGGGGGAGGCCGCAGCGGAACCUUCUGCGCCAUCUGCAGCGUGUGUGAGAUGAUCCAGCAGCAGAACAUCAUCGACGUGUUCCACAUCGUGAAGACGUUACGGAACAACAAGGCCAACAUGGUGGAGACCCUGGACCAGUAUAAAUUUGUAUAUGAGGUGGCGCUGGAAUAUUUAAGCUCCUUCUAGCCCGACGGCCUGGGGAACCUGCCAGAGUCCAGAGGCUGCUGUGGCCAAGCCCCCUUUCUGUGAACGGCAGCGACUGGGCUCGGGGCAGCACCCUGCCCGACUCCAAGGAGGAGACUGGAGGUCCUGCGGUCCACGGCGGGCCCUGCACCUGCCCGGGGUCUCCGGGUACCAUGGAGGCUGUUACCCUGACCGGCCCCGGCGUCUUUUGCAUACCCCACCAGCCACGCGCCCAUGCAGAAGGGCGCCCGGAGCACGGCCCGGAUUUCUCAGUGCCCAGACCUCUUGCUUUUGCGCUCUUCACGUCUGUGACUCUCGCGGCAAGCCGGCUGUGUAGAUGGAUGCGACUGGGCUCCUGGGGUCACCGCUCUGCUGCCCCCCUCACCGUCUCCUCCAGGGACCCCUGGCAUCGGACACUCGCUGGUCUGGAUCACUGGGACCUCGGGAUGCUCCCGAGUCCACAGCAGAGGCCCCCACCCUCCCGCCUCACCUGCAUGGGGCUUGGCCCAGCACCAUUCUGUACCCCUCCCCCAGCCCGGGGCCUUGACCUUCCGCCACUCACUGGCCAGCCCCGGGGGUCCGUGGCUCUCCUGGAUCCAGGUUCUCUCUGCUUGUCUGUGCUCGGCGGGGCAGGGUGGGACUGCAGGGAGCCUGGCUGCCCUCCUCUCUCUCUGAAGAAGGACCGCCUCCCCAGGGCAGGGCUCCUGCUGGCCCUAUGUGUCCUGGGCGGUGACUCCUCGGGGAGGGAUGAACAAGAUUCGAUGAUUUUCCAAAGUGUAUAUGAAAAGAAACUUUCUUUUGGAGGGUG